AUUAAAGGUUAUUAAAUAUUAAGGCACGAAAAGUAUAAUCUACAAGAACGUAAACAUUAAAUUGAAAUAGAAAUCGUAAAUUUAUUUCGUUGAAUUGAAAAAUAUGGAAGUGUAAGUGAUGCAAUUCCGGGGAAAAUUGGAAAAAUUUAAUACGUACUAAUGAAUGAUUGCUUAUGUAAAAUUACACUAUUCACACCAACCUUAAUAUUAAACUAAAAAUGUCGGCUAAGUUAUCUGUUGUUAAUAAAAAGGUUGUAUUGAAUAAUUCCGUAAAAGUACAGUAUAUCCCUGCAGCAAUACAUGGUUGCGGAAAAGCGAAUAUGUCAACCCAUUUCGAUCCGUACACAGAGGAAUUGGAAGAUAUACUAUCAAAUUCUUUGCGUGGUUAUCCAAUGAAGGGAGAAAAAAUGAAUUUGGACAGCAGAUUUAUUGGAAUUUGUACGAGAAAUAGUAUGAGAAUAUCAGAUGAAAAUGAGUCAAAAGCUUUGAAAGCAUUUGGCAGUUUCAAUUCCUUGAUCUAUUGGAAUUAUGAUGCAAUUCCCUCUAAAUCUGAUCCAUUUAAGCAAGCACUGCAAAUGCCCGAUAUAUUAGAUAACGUUUUAGAUAUAACGGCGUCUGAUAUAAAAGAGGAAAUAAAGAAACACUCUUGAAUGAUAUAAACUUAAAUAAAUUUAUGCAAAUUAUUUUUCAGUAAAAUUUUUUACAAACUUUAA